AUGGAGAGACGUGCAACUACGAUAGUGCUUGUUUUAAGAACAAUAUACUUGAAGCAUUUCACCGUGAGCAUGUCAAUAAACAACGAAAAUUUGUUGACCUUUUUAAAGUAUAUUGACAAUCUUCGUGAAAUACAAAAUGCUUUAGUUGGUGAGAUUGCAUUACAAACUCCGCACAUAACUGACUCCGGUGGUGAUCUGAACUCCAUUGAUUGGAUAACCAUAUUUGUGAAGGUGUUAGGUGCUCGAAGGGGACAUGUGAUAGGCAUCAGACCUAAACCUCCUUCCGCAACGGGUACAAGUGCACCCUCUCAGUGGCAGUCACACUCACACACACAAGCACCGCAACCAACAUAG